AUGGACAAAGGAGCGCGCGUAUGGGUCGCUGACUCGACGGACAAGCGCGUGUGGCUCGCAGCGCGGGUACUUGAAGUGGGCGCUACUACCGUGUCCGUAGAGAUUGAGGACGAUCGUCCAAUUGAGCCUUUGACGUGCAUGAAGCACUGCGGCUCACACGAUGAUCGAGACGACACCGAUCCUGCCGUGCUACCAAAACAAAGAGACGUAGCUCUGACCUAUACAAGCUCGGGCGAAUGCACGAACGUUUUGCAGCGUAAUAUGCCACGUGAACAGGACCAGCGCGACCUCGUGGCGUUGCCACAUUUGCACGAAGCAUCUAUUUUGAAUGCGCUGCGUCUGCGCUACGAGCGUCACGCCAUUUACACUCACAUUGGCGAUAUCUUGAUCUCUAUUAAUCCUUUCCAGCACCUCCCGCACCUUUACGGAGAUGAGGUGCUGCAGAAAUACAUUUACGACCACAACGCACAAGUUGGCGACUGUGUAAGGGAUUCAGAACCGAGAGAGCCGCAUCUAUUUGCAGUGGCUCGAGCUGCUUACAUGGACAUUGUGCAGAAUGCACGCAGUCAAGCCAUCCUUAUUAGCGGUGAGAGUGGUGCUGGCAAGACCGAAGCCACCAAGAUUAUCAUGACUUACUUUGCCGUCACGUGUGGGACCAGCAAUAACGUGACAGCUGCAGAAUCAGUGUCAUCACUUGACUCAUUGUCACACACUACAAUUGAAGAGCAAGUGUUGCAAUCCAACCCUAUUUUAGAAGCAUUUGGUAAUGCACGUACCGUGCGAAACGACAAUAGCUCGCGUUUUGGCAAGUUUAUCGAGUUGCGUUUCCGAGACGAGCGACAGAGACUCGCGGGUGCUCGCAUCCGAACUUAUCUUUUGGAAAAGAUCCGAGUCAUUAAACAAGCGACCAACGAACGAAACUUUCAUAUCUUUUAUGAACUACUGAGUGCAGACACAACUUGUGUGAGUAAGGAGCAAAAACAAGCACUGGCGAUCAGUGGAGGAUCUCAAAGCUUUCGCUUGCUAAAUCAGAGUAGGUGCUCGAAGCGACGCGACGGUGUAAAGGAUACUGUACAGUUUCGUGCUACACGAAGAGCAAUGCAACAGCUCAGUAUGAGAGAAAAUGAGAUCAGUGGAGUGCUGGAAGUUGUUGCAGCUGUGUUGCACAUGGGCAACGUGGAUUUCGAACAAGUACCGCAUAAGCAUGAAGAUAGUGUGUUUGCUGAUGAAGCGCGCGUUGUCACAUCGGCGGUUGGAAAAUUCAAUCAUUUCGAAAAGGCAGCCGAGCUAUUGGGUGUCUCAACGGAAGCGUUGAAUCAUGCACUAACCAAGCGCUGGCUGCAUACUUCCAGCGAAACAUUGGUCGUAGGAGUUGACGUCGCUCGCGCUUGCAACACUCGCAACGCACUAACAAUGGAAUGCUACCGUCUUCUAUUCGAAUGGCUUGUAGCACGCAUUAACAACAAACUUCAACGACAAGCUCGUGCACCAUAUGACGCAGACGAGUUUGGCAAUGAAGAAGAAGACUCGACUGAUUUUAUCGGACUACUCGAUAUAUUUGGAUUCGAGGAUAUGGCCGAAAAUUCCUUUGAGCAGCUUUGCAUUAAUUAUGCCAAUGAGGCUUUGCAACACCAGUUCAAUCAGUAUAUCUUUGAGGAAGAACAGCGAUUGUAUCGUGAUGAGGGAAUCCGCUGGAGCUUUGUGGACUUUCCGAACAACCGCGCGUGUCUGGAACUGUAUGAACACCGACCGAUAGGCAUUUUCUCACUAACGGACCAGGAGUGUGUCUUCCCUCAGGGUACAGACCGAGCCCUCGUGGCCAAGUAUUACCAGGAGUUUGAGAAGAAGAGUCAACACUCGCAUUUUCUAUCAGCGCCCAAUCUUCAGCGCGCGACACAAUUUGUAGUGGCACAUUAUGCUGGACGGGUCACUUAUACCAUUGAUGGUUUUCUUGCAAAGAAUAAAGAUUCCCUUUGCGAGAGCGCGGCACAACUGUUGGCUGGAUCUUCUAGUCCGCUCGUCCAGGCUCUUGCUGCAGGAUCGGCCGAUGAAAAGGGUGUCCUGGCGGACACGGACCUGGAAGGAUAUGGCGGGCGGAUCCGUCGACGUGCCAAAUCGGCCAUCGCAGCAGUUAGUGUUGGUACGCAAUUCAAGAUCCAACUAAACGAGCUAUUGACGACUGUCCGUGCCACAACACCUCGGUAUGUCCGUUGUAUUAAACCUAAUGACUCGCACGUGAGCUCGCUUUUUGAAAGCACACGAGUUGUUGAACAGCUACGCAGUGGUGGCGUGCUUGAAGCUGUGAGAGUAGCACGAGCAGGAUUUCCUGUACGUCUUUCACAUCAGCAAUUCCUCGGUCGUUAUCGUCGCGUAUUGCUCUCGCUCUGCAAAUCAACCGACAAUGGAAUGGAAACAAAGCAUAGAAGUUGGGGCGAAUUGGACUUGUGUUUGCACCAGCUCACACAAGUUCUUCUUGCCGAUGAAAAGGUGCAAGGCGAAGACGACGACGAGGAAGACGAGCAGAGUCGUCAGAUGCGAUGCGGAGUUAGUCUAGGCAAGACACGGGUCUUUUUCCGCCGAAAGCCAUACGAGAAACUGGAAAAUCUUCGUGUAACUGUACGUCAAGGAGCCAGCCUCAUCAUCCAAACGCACGCUAGAGGCUUUUUGGCGCGAAAUAGGUACCGACAUCUUUGCCAAGUUACAGUCGUAGUCCAAGCUCGUGUGCGCGGACGCCGUGCUUACCGACAUGUUUGCUGGAUGCGCGCGAUGCAUCAAGCUCGUACGUUACAAGCCAGAAUGCGCCAGCUUUGCGCGCGCAGUAAAUUUCUUCGUGCUCGAGCAGGAGUACUGGCAGUGCAAUGCCGCUUCCGCUGCCGCCGUGCCACUCGAGUCGUGCAGGCGAUUCGGGAAGCGCGUGCUGCGAUACAUAUUUCCACAGCUUGGCGGCGGUCAUCAGCGCAACGAAAGUACCGCAAGCUCUGUAGCGCCGCUUUGGCGCUUCAAUGUGCGACGCGUUUGCGAAUUGCGAAGCAAGCUUUAAAGAUGCUACGCGAAGAAAGCCGAAACGUAGUCAAGCUAAAAGAGGAUAAUGCCCAGCUGAGGGACGAGCUGACCGAACUGCGUCGGCAGAUGCAGGUCAUGGUGGCUCAAAGCGUGAAUAAGGAGUGUCAGCUUUUGUCGUUGAAGACUGACGACCUCUCGUGCAAUUCUCCGCAGAAGACAGUUAUGUCUUUGUCAGACGAAGAAGACGACAGCAAUGAACGUGACUGCGAGAAUCAACUGGAUCUUGAUUUGUUGAAAGAUCUCGUAUCUGUAUCUAAUGAUGGGAACAAUGACGUGGGUAGUCAUGAUGUUGGUUGCGUCGUGGACUUGUCAUUCAGCCAACAGAGGCUUAAUCUCAAGCCACUGAAUGUGCGGCUGAGUCGCCGCUACAGCUUACCACCUCUACUUGGUCCGGAAAACAACGAUGUUGCAAGAGAAGAUUCCAUACCCUCUGCAUCGCUUCGUGCUUCUCGAUCUCGUGAUCGACGCCACAGUUUGGAUUUGUGGCAGCUACAGGAGGUGGAGUCCCUCAAAGAAGCUUGCGCUUUGCGUGAAGAAAUUCGUGACGCGGCUGCUAACGAGCCCUCGCCAGAACGUCAGCAGCAGCAAGAAAUUGCGCUUCAGAAGCUUGUUGCCUCCCAGAUCAAGCGCAAGACAAUGCAAUUGCAGCUACAGCUACCGGAGCUUGAGCUGAAAGUGAAUAACAAAUUUAUUGACGCUGGUCCAGUCUCGUUCAAUAGCCGCCAGUGCCGUUCCCGCACGGGUGACGGUUCUCCUCGAGUUUUGGCACCAUUGACGUCAUAUUGCCAGGAGAAUUCUUCGUCCUGGAACUUAGCAGUAUCCAGUAGUAUGACGCACGCAACGAACGGUUGCAUGCCAGUUUGCUUUGACAGCCCGAAUUACGCUGGUUCGUUGAUAGCUGACGAUCGCUCGACGGAUGGUGCGGACGACAUGUACGGCCGAGGUCAUUACCCAAUGCCCCGCCGCUCAGCAUCUACUGGUAUGUAUCGUUCACGGUCUUUGUCAAAUGGCUCAUCAUGCUUCGCGCCAUCUAUAACAAUUCGUCCCGGAGUCACCGUCCCUCGCUUUGCUAAAGCCCCUACGUGCUUCGAGUGCAGUUGCAUAUUCAGCAUUCUAGUGCGUCGCCACCACUGCCGCCAAUGUGGCAACUCGUUCUGCUAUGAACAUUCGACACGUCAGCUAGCUCUACCUCACUUGGGCUACAUGGCGGCUCAGCGCGUCUGUGAUAUGUGCUUUGAGGCACACAUCGAGGCCAUGACAUCUUUCAAGUUGCCAUCCUUGAUGCGGUAUCCCACGGAUGAGUUGUCAACUUCAUCAUUUGCAAGCUCGCCGCGCGGGUUGGAAAGCAACAACAGCUGCUAUGGACUUGAGAGUUUAGCCAUGGAUCCAGCACGAGUAACUCCACUGCGUACAUAA